AUUUUUCUUUUCACAAACCAUUCAUUCAUUGUAGAAAAUAUACACAAGAUUAUACGCAAAUAAAAAUAAAUCGUAAAAUUGCAAAAUUUGAAAUAUAAAGUUCCAUCACGACACUCUAAAUAAUAAAAAAUAAUAAUAUAGAAGAAAUAAAAUAUUGAAUUUAACAUAUAUUAAAAGAAAACAACGAAAUUCCUUUGCAAAUAUUUGUUGUAUAUGAUAAGAAAAAUUACAAAAAAAAAAAAAAAACGGAAGUGAGAAAAAAAGUGUGAAAAGAGACAAAAGGAAUUUAUGCAAUAUUUAUUUUUUACAUAUAAAAUGUACAAGUGAAUAUUUUUUUGAAACAUAUAGCAAAUUUAUUUUAAGACAAAAGAAAACUAUGGUUUUUUGUUUUACAAAUAUAAAAAGAGCUUAAAAUAAAACCUAAAAAAUAGAUUGAUAAAAAAUUCCUACGGUCACAUAGCCAAACACAACCACCACCCAAUAAAACAAAAACAUACAACCACUUCAGCGUAGCCAGCACAUACCCCACCAUCAGCACAACCUACUACUUCAAAAAUACCUUUUAUGGCAGAUAUACCCGGUCGUAUAAUUAUUACUCAUACUUGUGUGUUUAUUAUUUUUAUAAACAAAUGAAAUAAGUGCAAUAACAAGUAAAUAUAAAAAAAUAAUAUGCUGAUUUUUCGUUAAAAAUAACAAUAUUGUUCAAAAAAAAAAAAAAAAAUAUAAAAAAUAAUCGUGUAUUUAGCGAAAUCAAUAUCUCUAAUAAAUCUAUCUCAUUUAAAGAUUGAUCAAGCACUGCGUUAAAUUUGCAAAUAAAAAAUGUCGGACUUCGUGCCACGAGAUAUUUUACCUGAACUAUGGGAUGAAAUUGUGAAGAGACACUGGGAAUAUUUGGAAACUGAAGAAAGUAUAGUGAAGUUGGAGAAACGUAAAAAAUUAGAAGAUUGUUUGAAGGAAUUUUUAUGUAUAGUUCAACAUGAUCGUAAAUUCUUUUUACCCGAUACAGCUAAAGUUUUGAAAAAUUCAAUAAGAGAUUUAGAGGAGUUUAGUGCCGCAACAGCGAUAACGGCCUUCGAGUCGAUUAGUCAAUAUGCCAAUAAUUUAUUUACAAAACCAUGGCGAAAAGAAUUUCGAAUUUUAAAGAUGUAUUCGGGUUUCUACCAACACGAAAUCAAAUCAAAUUUAUUAGACGCUGAAAAAUUAUUUGAAGCCAUGGGCUAUCGCCGUUUAUCGGAUGACACGUUAAUCUUGGAUGGGCCUAUAUGUCCGGAUCAAGUUACAAAUGUUUCUCGUGAUGCUAUGACCGCUUAUGUUGAAUUGCAAAUAAUUAAGCACAUCUAUACUGGACUUGAUGCCAUUGGUAUUAAUUGUUCCUGGUUGGACAUUUAUCGUUAUCGUGAAAAAUAUACGGGCGGCACUUCGCAAGCUGUAAAAGCUCUAGCAUAUUCGAUUGAAGAGAAACGUUUACGAUCUAGGCAGAAGGCUUUAGCAGGUGAUAAUUACGGCUAUAUUGAUGUACAACAACCAUCAUCAAAUUAUUUUACACCAUCAAACCCACAAUUUUGUCCGGCUCAAUGCCAGUGCAAUCUCUACCAACAGAUACCACCAGCGUCUAGACAUCGGCCAAUGGCUCAGCCAAAUGGCAUGUGCUGCGUACCUGAACAUCAUCAACAAUCUGCAAAAACUACACCGAAUUUAGUUUACAGCAACAUGGCCUAUCCUGCCCAGCAUCACUACCAACACAGCCAUCAUCAUGGGGAAAUUUUAAACGACAGUGCAGGAGUUCCACUGUCUCAAAUGUCACACUCUAGAAGUUUAGAACAUUAUAGUGAACCAGCCAAUCAUCAUCACAGCAUUUUGCCACAUCGUCAUUCAUUUGACCAUCAACAGCAAGGAUGCGCAGCACAACAUCACCACUCUCAACAACUGCAACAACAACAGCAGCAGCAUCAUUACUAUCAACAUCUUAAUCAGCCCCAACAGAAUUUCUAUGAAUCGCCAUACGAUUGUAUUGAUGGUAAUUCUAUGGGUGGUGGCAGCAGCACUAUUUCCUAUGCUGCUGUUGCCGCCAAUGCUGUAACUGGAGCAUCAACAACAGGCGGUGGUAGUGGCAGUGGUGGUGGUGUGAUUAAUUGCAAUUUAAACUCCAACUCGACAUAUUCUCAUCCUUAUAAUGUUUCCGGUAAUCGUUUUCCCUUGCCAUUGAAUAUAUCAAACCAAUUGUCGGCUUAUGACAAUCUUCAAUCCUCCAAUUAUGUCGGUUCUCAAGAACCAACAUAUGCCCAUAUUGCGGAUCAACACAUGUAUUCAGUCUCUAAAUUACCCCAGAAUUGUAUGAUGAAUUCAAAUGCAGCCAGUUACAAUCAAUUGAGCCAUGUUCAUGGCGUACAAAAUCCGUCGUUAACCAAAGACUCGCUUCAGAGACAGCGUUCUCAUCUAUCCGAACAAUUAAUUAACUUCGAAGAUCCAUCAAUAUUGCCACCAAAUACUCCACAGCAACAAUUUGAUCCCCUAAAUCAAUAUCGCCCAAGUUAUGAGCCAUCCAAUCAUUUAAUGGAUAAACGUUACAAUAUGGGCAACAUUAUGGAGAGUUCUCUCCCUCCUCCUGUGACAUCGACUUGUCAGCAGCACUAUGUUGCUGGGAAACCUGCUAUAAAUGACGAUAUGUACGUGUAUGCUAAACCAACACCAAGGGAAAACCGCAAACCCUUACAGAACCCGAUAAAUAUACGAACAUCUUCCUACAACUCCGGGGACCGAGGUGACACAACUGAUAUGAGUUAUGAGUCGGCUAACGAUGAUUUCACCAACUUACCAGGUCAAGAGAACGAACGCAGCCAACUGCGUUCUCCUACACAGUUUACAAAGAAUCAAGACGGCGUGGGAUCAUUUGAAUCUUGGAAUUAUGUUUUUAAAAAUUUAGAAAGAUCGGGCUACACCAAAGAUCUGGGUGAAAGGGAAGACUUUUUAGUUCAAUCUUUAGAUUUGGACUCAAUAAAUAUUAACAAUGACACCUCACCCAGCCAGAGUAGUUCAGCUGAGAAGAGAAGAUCUAAUUAUGCUGGAAAUGAUAUUAAAACCACCUCUCAACAUCAGCAGCAGCAGCAGCCGCAGCAUCAACCGCAACAAUUAGAACCCAAACAAAAGAGCAGAACUUUUGAGAAUUCUAAAUAUUCAUCGAGAAACAACACAAAAAUGGAAAUCACAGCUUCUGCGUCUUCCUCUAUUAACAGCAUGCAAAAACCGAAAACUUCAAUGGACAAUAAUACAAAGAAAAUUAAAUCGGCUCUUAAACAAACCAAUGAAACCUCAAAACCCAAUACCAACAACAUUAAUCCAAAUCAUCACCCCAAUAAAACACAACCAAAACCAAAUGACAAUAAAACGCCACCCAAGACAAUGAACAAUAACAACAAUGACUCUUCAACCAAUAUGGGCAAUGGGACCACACAUCGCAAAAAAUCAUCCUCAUCGGCAACGGCAACGAUGAAUACAACAAGGAAAUCGACAUCAGUUGGUUCCACAACCGCACCCCCACUAUCAACCCAAAUUAUUGUUACUAGUCCCCCUGAAUGGAGUUGCAGUUUUUGCACUUUUCUCAAUCCCAAUACAAAACGUAUUUGUGAAAUGUGCUGUCGCUCCAAAGACUUUAAUUUGGAUUCAUCCACAACUACCACAGCUGCAGGAGGAACUACCGUGGCUCACAAUACUCCAACGUGUGCUUAGAAUUACACGAGAGAAAGAUAAGCAACAAAUAUUUCAUAAAAACGUACCUGCAUCGGAUGAUUUCUCCUUUUUAGUUUCUCCUGUUACAAAUCUUAAGUUUUCCUUAUUAAUUCUCUUUCAUUUCUCAUCAUAUUAUAAUUAUUUUUAGUUAUUUUCAUUAAUUAUUUACAAACGAUCUACAAGAUCCCAGAUUUAGCUAUUAUCCUAAUAAUAAUAUAAAAUAAAAAUAAAAAUACAACAAAAUAAAAACAAAAAUGGACUGAAGAAUUUAAAACAUGUUAAUUGUAUGUUAGUUAAACAUUGUAACAUAAAUUUGUGGCAAUCGUCGUUCUAAUACCUACAAUAAUACAUAAAUUUGAUAUAACGAAUAUGAAAUAAUAUACCUACAUACAUACAUACACACUCUAUAUAUACAUGUUUGUAUGUAUGUAAUACAUACAUUUAUUAUAAAAAAAAAAAACUGAAAACUAAAUAAACAACAUUUAAUAAAACUUUUAUGAUUUAUUUUUAAUAAUUUGUUCGACGAAAUAAAUAAGUCGUUUAUAUGUACGUGAAACUAGGAACUAUACCUAAUUGAAACAAUAUCGGGGCCUAGCUUUGUUUUUAAAUUUAAAAUUUUACUUAGCACUCAUUAAAUUUCGUUCAUAUGGAGAGCUUCUGUUUUCACAUGCACUAAUGUAUAUUUUGGAGAUUUUUAAAUAUUUUGUUUUUAAGUUAAUUUCAAUAUUGUAAAUGAUUUUAAUUUGAUCAUACAUACAGUUAUGAACAUACAAUUAAGUUACUCAUCUGUUGUUGCUCUGUUACUUAACAAAAAAUAUAAACAAUUACAAAGAAAUUAAAUAAAAUUAUUUUCAUUUAUUAACAUUUCGAUUAGCUAAUUUUUUCCGAAAAUUAUAUUUAAGCCUCAUUUUUAUGGUGGCUAUAUAAUUAAGUUAUUUGAAAUAUGUAUUGAGUUUUUAGUACUUAGUGGGAUAAUCUUAGUGAAUUAUUUCUGCACUCCUAGAUUGGAAACCACAGUGCAGCAAUAACUUGACAUCAGUCUCCUCGAAGGAUUUUUAUCUCAGGUCAUUUUCAUUUGAAACUUUAUACACUGCUAAUGUUAAUAAAUAAAAAAAAUUUUAUAUAUUUAAUUCCUUUGUAAUUGUUUAUAUUUUUUUGUAAAUUAAAGACAAUAGCAUAUGAAGAACUUAUGCAUAUAUGUAUUUGUUUGUUCAUUCAUAAAAAAAUAAAUCACUGACUUAAUCGUAAUUUAAAAUCCUUGAACUUUAGAAAUAAGAAAAGAUGAAUAUAAAUAAAUAACUACACAUAAGUUUCCAAAAUGUGCCUCCCCCUUAAAAAAGAACAAAAUUUUAGUUGUAUAAUUUACGAAAAAAGAGAAAUAUGUAUUUAUUAAUUUCAUAUAUUUUCAAGGAACAUUGCAGUUUACGUUAUAGUUAAAUGUAAAAACUUAGAAAAGUGACUAUAAAAGAGUACUUGUUUACAGGCAAAAUGAGCUAUGGGUGCGAUUUUGUUACUACAUUUGGAAAGCGAUAUUUUCAAAUUUUGUAAUGCAGACAUUAUUUUCAUAUUUAGUUGUAAACAAGUGUUAUUUUUUAUAAAUAAGCAUUUAAAUAAAUACUCUACGAAUUAAAUGUUUUUAUUAUUUUAUAAAAAAUUACUUUAAAACUAUUACCAGAUUAACGAAACUGAAAUGUUCCAAUGGAUUUAAAUAUGUGUUAGACUGCUCCAAUGAAAGUAAUGCUGAACUAAUAGCCUGACAUCAAAAACAAAUGGAUUAUUUAAAUGAAUUUUUGAUUCAUGCCGUAUAUAAGAUACCCUUCACCAAAUUAUACUUUAAAAUAUUUUUAGGUAAAAAAAAAAUUGUUUUCAAAUUUUAUGGCCAAAAUUGUUUUUUCGUAAUUUAUUUUUUAUUUAAUUUUUUUUUGUUAAUUUAAAAAAAUUAAUUAUUUAAAAAUUAAAUUUAUUACAUAUUGAAAAAAA